AUGUCGCCGGGGCUCCAAUGGAUACAGGCCUCCACCUGCAGCAUCAGGCCUCUGGGCCAUUGCCCGAGCAACGUUUUCCGCUGCUUCAGAUUGCCUAUAUAUCGAAGGGGCGUUGCGUGGCGAUUGCCUGCCCGGCAGGAGGGCCUGCAGCCCAGCGUGGUUUGGCCCGAGAUCCCCCUGUCUCGCCUAGACGACGAUGGCGCGGGCGGGGACGGCGAUGAGAGCGAGUUCGAGCGCCGUACAGCCCUCGGGAUAUACCAGACCCAGGAGGAGAUCGACGAGGACGAGCCGGAGCGCCAGCGCUGGCACAGGCAGCUGGCCAUCCUGGCCAGGAGCGGGAAGUACAACAAGGCUGCCGAGGUGCUGGACGAGAUGCUGCGCAACGGUUUGACCCCGGGCCCCCGGGCCUGCCACGCCCUCCUCGUCGCCCACGCCAGCGCGGGGGACGCCCAGGGUGCCUGCUUGGCGCUGGAGCUGAUGCAGCUGGCAGGCCUAACGCCCCUGCCCGAGAGCCUCUGCCUUGUCAUUCAGCUCUGCGUCGUGGAGGGGGAGCUGGGCCUCGCCGCAGAGGUCUUUGACCUGCCUGCCUCACAGACGUCGCCCAAGCCGUGGGUAACCUACUGCACCGCCCUGUUUGGCAGCGACGCCGCAGAUCUGGGCUACAGCAUGCUGCUGCAGGGUGAAGCGAGGGGGAACCUGCCGCCGGCGGAGCUCUCUGAACAGGCACUCCUGUACCUUUUGGACAAUGCCAGGACGAGGGAUGCGGCAGCCCGCCUUCUCCAGGCCCAGGAGAAUGGCGUCGUAGUGUCUUCCAUGGUGGAAAACAUGGUGACCGCCGCGCAGACUGACGAGGGCACAUAUGAGCUGCUACAGCGACUGCCCCCUAAUGCGGCUGAGCGUCAGCAUGUGGGCUUCUACUGCACGAUAUUGCAGGAAUUCCUUGAGAGGAGAGAGCACCACACGGUCGAGCACCUCCAGUCUGUGUUUAGCCGGGUGGUGUCGGAGCUGACCUUUGCUGGCGUGCAGCCGAACAAGAAGUUAAUCUCAUACCUGGUUGCGGGCCACCUGCACUUCAAGGACUGCCGGGCGGCCUGGAAGGAGUUUGAGAAGCUGGUCCUGUUCAGGAAACCGUAUCUGAAGCAUCUGGAUGACGAACAGAUAUCGGAGCUGCUCAACAUGCUCAGCGCGUCCGUCAAGUCCCAAGAGAUGCUGUUUGUGAUGACACUCAUGCUCGAUGAGGGCCGAGUCCUGACGGGCGCAGACUUUGGAAAGGACAAUCAGGGUCGCAGCGUCUGCACGAGCUGGCUGCAGCAGCGCAUCCAGAAUCUGAAGACCUUUGGCGUGGAGUCUGAGGCGGCGGGCAAGGAGUGGCUGAUCGGGGACGGGGUGAUCAUCGACGUUGCCAACGACAGUGUCGUGGACAAGGAGGGCAAUAUGAUUGACAUUGCUGCCAUGAACGUGCGGGAGCUGAAAGCCGAGCUGCUGCAGCGGAAGCUGCAGGUGUCCGGCAGCAAGACGGUGCUGGUGAAGCGGCUGGAAAAGGCGAGGCGGGGCGGCUUUGACGGCGCCCAGAAGGCCCCGGCCGCAGAGCCCGAAAAGAUCCUCAUCCUGGAAGGCCAGGAGUUCUGGCGCAACGGUAAGCUGGUGGAAGUCACGGUGCGUCAGGCCGAGGCGGACGACGCCGACGCCGACGAGGAGGACGACGACUUCCUGCCCGACGCCACCGAGCGAGAUAUCGACGACACCUCAGCGGUGGAGUCCCCCAUGCUGGUGGAGGGGACGGAGGAGGACCUGGCGUACGAGGAGACGCUGCAGGAGUACAUCCAGCACUCCGGCGGGCGCUCCGCAAACCUGCAGCCCUCCCACCGGCUAAGCGCGCUCGGCAAGGACGUGAUGCGGGCCAUCAUGAUGCACCGCCUGGCGCCGCAGCUGUCCGCCGCCAACUUCAGCGACGACGCGGCCUACCUCCACGCCGUCAUCGAGGGCGUGCCGCUGCCCAAGGAGCGGGAGGAGCUGCGCCAGGCGCUGGCCACCUGCCUGGGCAUGGCCGCGUUCCAGCCCCCCAGCGAGGAGGAUGUGCUGCCAUGA